UUAGGACAACAGCCUUGAUCACUCCAACUUUGGAAGUGACCUCUUGAAUCUGCAGCCCUUUCAUCUUGGGAUCCCAGAGCACUUGGGGAUGGACUAUUUCCUGGUAGGGGGCAGGGGAGGGGCCCAGACCCUUUCACACACCAGCCAGCCACUCCAAUUGGUUCACUCCAGAUUUGAAACCAGUUCCAGUCUGAAUGUGGGACAUCCAGCUGAGAAAGUGGAGCCCCCUCCACUUCCUGCUCCAGGAUUUAAAUGUCCAGCAAGCAGUCUUGCAAGGAGAGACCAAAGAAGAGCAGGCCACUGUUUAGGACUAGCACCAACAAUUAAAAGGAUGAUCCAGCGACACCAGCUAGUGCAGUGUGUGCUUCAGGAGUUACAGGAUGCUACUGAAUGCUUUGGGCUAGAUGGACUAACCAGUGCGGCCUUGGAGGCUGAGAGAACCUUGUCCUCUUUCUCCUUACCUAACUACUGUGGAAGACAGGUUGAGCAAGAGCUAGAAAUUGACCGGGUUGCUAAAAGUCUGUAUCCAGAAGAUGCCCCUCGCCGUAUGUUGCCUUUGAUUUGCAAAGGUGAAGGGAAUCACCUGUUUGAGGCUGCCAGCAUGCUUUUGUGGGGAAAUACCAGUCUAAGUUUGGAGUUGCAAGUACGCACAGCAGUGGAAAUGUUACUUCACAAGCAAUACUACUUAAAAGGCAUGAUUGACUCUAAAGUGAUGCUCCAGGCUGCUCGCUAUUCGCUUUGCACUGAGGAAUCACCUGAGAUGACUAACUUACCCUUGGCUGUCCUGGAGGCUAUUUUUGAUGCUGACAUCAAAGCCACCUGCUUCCCUGGGACCUAUGCUAAUAUGUGGCAUGUCUAUGCCCUCGCUUCUGUGGUGAAGUGUAACAUCUAUUCCAUCUACCCAAUGAGCAAUCUCAAGAUUCGACCAUACUUCAACCGAUUGAUCCGACCCAGAACAUGUAGCAUGCAAGUCUCCACACUUCACAUCAUGUGGUCAGGGCAACAGCUCUCCAGUCAGGUUUUCAAGGCUCAGUGUUUCGUGCCUAUUGUGGGGCUGGAAGAAAUAGAAGAACUGGAGCCUAACAAUCCUCCUCCUGAACCUCAAGUGCAGCCAGUGAAGACGCUGGAGUUGUUAAACAAGGAUCCUCAGGUGACUUAUUCUGACCUACGUGAAAGAUACAGCAUUACCAAAAGUACUUUCUAUCGGUGGAAGCGCCAGUCCCGAGAGCACAGACAGAAAGCAGCUGCCAGGUUUGCAGCCAAACACUUCUUGCAAUCCUGCUUUCAGGAGGGAAAUAUAGUCCCACUUCAGCAUUUCCGGAAAAUGUUUCCAGAAAUCUCUCGCUCCACUUACUAUGCCUGGAAGCAUGAAAUGCAAAGCAUGCUGAAUGGUAAUGCUUCUUCUCCUGCUGAAGGUGUAGUGUCAAAGGAUCCCCAGGUGUACAAACCAGAGAAGGUCUGUGCUGGCACAGAUGGCAAUAUUACAAAACCUGGUGGAAGCCUGGUAUCUGUAGGCCCUCUCCUGAAUCAAAAUGGGACCUCCAUGCAAGGAGCCAAGUCUUACUUAGAAAAUUCAAUUUCCAUGAAUACUCUUGUACCCUACAGGAGCUUCAAGCGGAGUUUUCCGGGCAUCUCCAGAUCUACCUACUAUAACUGGAGGAGAAAAGCCAUGAAGAACCCAAAUAUCAAGCCUCCUCAACCUCUUUGUGUUAGUCAGAUACCUCUUAUGAAAAAGAAGCCACACCUGCCACUUAAACCAGGAAAUUCUCCUGUUGGGAAGAUGGUUAAUGGAUAUCACCCAGAGCCUGAAAUUCAAGUUCAAAUCAAGCCAUCUCUGUACAGCUGGCAAAAGCAACUUCGUGACUUAGCCAAAAAACAUGUCUGCCAAUGGAAAAUGCCCUUCUGCAAGUUCCGCCUUCGCCAUCCAGGUGUCUCUUCUACAGCCUAUUGGUUCUGGAGAAAGAAAAUCAGCAGCCCGACCAAAAAGCAUUCCCUUUUACCAAAUGGGGCCUCCAAAAACUUUGAACAGGCUACUGCUGAGACCCGUGAGAAGACACAGUUUGAAUUCCAUUCACCACAGCAAAAGGAAACUGUACCAGCUCCAGUGGAUAAGCAAAUGGCUCAACCCCAUAGUGCGAUGAAACCAGGUUAUCAAAUGGCGCAGCAAGUCAGCAAUGAUGACAUGUUUGUGAUGGAUGUGAUUGCCACAGCUCAGUUCAAGGCCCAGGCCAAGCUGUUUCUCCAGCAACGCUUUGAGUCAAAAACCUUCCCAACUUACAAGGAGUUCAGAGCCCGCUUCCCCCUAACGGCACGCUCUACUUACUAUAUGUGGAAACGUGCACUGCAUGAUGGAUUGACUCUCGUGGAUUCCUAGAGGCCCAGAAAGUGCUGUCAUCUUACCACUAUGAUAUGCAACCUCUGCAAGCAUUUUUUAGUUUUGUUGUAUUUCUUUCCUUGUUUCUAAACUUGGACUCUGACUGUGCAAAGCCUCAGCCAUUAGAUGUGUGAAAAAAGGUGGAAAGGACUUUAAGCAAAAGACAUUGUUUUUGUACUGGGCCACAUUUAGUUUCCCCACUUUUUCUUUUUCUUUUUUUUUAGUGAAUAGGCCAGUAAACUAUUGGUGGUGGUAAAGCAAAAGAGAAACUCUUACGUUUCUCUGGGGUUCACUACAUUUCUUUGACUUUGAAAUAUGUCAUUAUUUUUCAUAUGUAAUUGUGAUCCAUGGUCCUUUGGGUUUUAGGUCCAUAUGUUUACCCUGUUCUCUAGAUAAAUUGCUGGCUUCACCAGUUCCGCUGCACAUAAUGUGUGUUACAGUGUUGCUAUCCAAUCUACAUGUAUAUAUAUACAUGAGUGCAAGCAAAAAACCAUUACGUCCUCAGUAAUUGAAGUUAUACUGUCUAAGUGUAGUAAUAAGGUAAAUGUGUAGAGUUAGGUUUCGGUUUUGAGAUUGUGAACAGACUAGUUUUGGGGGAAAGAGAUACAGAGCUGCUUUACUGUCACUUUCAGAAAGUACUGAAGGACCUGUGCAUUAUUAUUGAUAUGAUGGGCAAUGUAGUCUUGUGACCAGCUUGAGUUGGGUAUUUUCCUUUUUAUUUGCAGUAUACCAGGCAUGGGCAAAUUUCGGGGCUCCAAGUGUUUUGGACUUCAACUUCCUAACAGCUGGCUGUUAGGAAUUGUGGGAGUUAAAGUCCAAAACACCCGAAGAGCCAAAGUUUGCCCAGGCUUGCUUUAGAUUCUGGUUGAGACUUAAUGGAGAUAACAGCUGGGACAACUCAGUUUGGAAGAUAUCUCUGGCACAUUCCAGUCUUUGGCUUGUGCCAACCUUUUAUCUUCCUGUUACAUUGUUUUUUAGAUUACUUUUCCUAUAAUUCUUAGCAAGAUGACCAUGCAUGCUAUCAGCUGUAGUCUUAACAAAUCUAGAUGGCGGAAGGCUGAUAUAGAUUAAUAGGGACGGCCUUGAUGUGAAUUCAUACUCAUUUACUGUGGGAAACAUCAAUGUAAUGUUAUUGUGAUUACAAUACCCAGAUAAAGGUUGCACAUCCCAGAAAUGAGUGCCCCCUUUUUUAACCUUUUCAGUUCUUCUGUGUUGAGCACUCUCUCAUGGCGACGUGAGCCACAUACAAAGUUCCUGUCAAUGGUCCCUUGAGAUUAUUCACAUCUGAACAUACCUUUGCUGGCAACACCACACAUACUCCAUGUAGAAUGUUUGUUGUGUGUUUCUUUAAGUAGCUGUGUAUUUGUAUACAUGUGUACCUAAUCCCUCUGUAGCUCUUUAUAUUCCGGUAUGGUGACUGCUUGAGGAGGUCAGGGAAAACUGACCGAAAAUCUGAGAAUGCUUUAACAUAUUCAUUUGGCAUAUAAGGUUCCACUCUAGAUACUCAACAUUAAUAAGUGCCUGUUCACGAAAGAGACAUAAUUGGUUUGAGUUUCCUUCAGAGUGAGUUACUAUCUAUAAGAGAGUUUCUAGUUAUUGAUUUUUUUUUAAGUCGAUAGCAACCGAGAGUAUUUUCAAGCAGAACUUGUUCAGACCCAGCAGGUGGCACUCUUGUAAUGCGGAAUUCGAAGAUGGUUGUCACUGACUUUUAAGUAUGUUGUUUUCAAUCUCCAUAAUUCUCCUCCUGUCUGUCUCCUCAUCUCAGGUAAUAUAUUUGAUAAGAGAAUGGUGCUUUGUGUCCUCAGGCCAUUUCCAGGUGGCAACGUCUAUUUUGAAAGGAAAUGCUCUUAAGUAUACUUCAUUCUCUACAAUCCAUUAGUCCUUCUUACUUCAUAUCAUCAAUGGAGAAUAGUGCCACAGAGGUCCACUGUAUUGCAUGCAACCCACAUAGAUGGCUUCUCAUAAUAAGCCCCGCAAUUCGGCUAAUGGAAAAUGAGAUGUGUGUUUCUCUAACAUGUCAUCUAUGCACAUUGUUAUAUACUAGGGUUCACAGCUAAGGAGUGUGGGCAGAGAAAUCAAAAAGAAUUUCCAGAGUGGCCUGCCUUCAUUCCUGAUCUGUCGCCCGUGUUGCUCUCUGCUAGUUUUUCUAAACUUUGUGAUGGUGACAGAUAAUCAAAAGGGGUUGGACAUCAAAAGGUCACACAAGGGGAAUUAAAGAUAGCUUGUCAGCCUUGGUUGGAUUGGAGUCAACAAAAUAGGAGUGUUCAGAGCCUUUUCUACUGUGUUUACACAACCUAUUUUUUUUGCACCAAGAAAAAAACAUGCAGCUGAAGCAAAGUUUCCUGUGUUGGGCUUUACUUGCAGGUAAGUCUGCCUUAUAUUGUAGCUCAGUUCUAUGAUCUCCUGAAAUUAUUCUGUUUCUCAGGAAAAAGGAAAACACGUGAACAUAAGUUGCACAUUUUAAUUAUUUCAUGGCUUACCCUCUAGCUGGGUAUCAGAAAGAGACAACAGUAUUUGAAAUCCAGUCUGACCACUAGAUAUCUGUCACAACUCCCCGGUAGCUUCUGCAAUUUCACUGGGCAUUGGCCAGCCACUUUCAAUAACAUCUUGGAACUCAUCAGUCCUUAUUUACUUCUUACUUGGCACAAAAAUCCAUUCUCUCAAUUAUUCUUGCUCAAAUAUUUCCAUAGUUUGGGGUGCAUUCAUGCAAAUCUGGAAUAUAUAGCAGCUCUGUUUAAAUGGUAGUAGGGACAAGGUUUUGACUGGCAGUCCCUUGAUAGCUGUCAAACUCUGUGUGUGUUCAAGGUACAGUACAAUUAUUCCCAAGCCUCAGGUUCCAUCUGCUGCAGCUUGAGUUUAGAAACAUAAUGCUGUGGGUUUUCUAAAGGAGUGCUCACUUUAAAGACGGGUAGGAUUGAUCUAAGACAUGCAGGUGAAGAAAAAUUGUAUCUCUUUCCUUUCUAUGCAUAAAAGCCAACUGGACUUCAGCUGAUGAAUCUUCAGCUCUAGUGAUGGGCAAUAUCUUCCACUGCACUUUCAGAAGCAGGCCAAUUUAUGAGGCACAGGCAGAUUGUGUGGCACACAGCUCUCAGAUUCAGUACUUUGAUUUUGCCUCCUAGCAUUUGCAUCCAGAGAUGACCACUGGGCUGCCUAAUAAUAGUCUUGAGGCUGGGUACUGACUUCUACAUUCACAUGCAUUGCACAUAUACAACAAAGAAAAAUAUUUUCACGAAACAUUAUCUGGUUGUUUUAUUAAAGUGAUUUUUUUCCGGGAAGGGAGGUGAAGUUUGCAGUUAAUUCCUUACCCUGUAGUUAUUUUUUGGAUGUGUUGCAAUAUUAAUUUGAAUUGUAUAGGAUAUGAAAGUUAGGAAAGGCACUGGCACUGUAAGGAAAACCAGAAUUUGGCAGUUCCUAAUUUUGUGCAGCUUUGUUGCAUCUAGUCUAACUUUAUUUGACUUUCUAAUGUCUCCAAUUGCUGUUUCUUUUACUUGACUAUGUUCCUAAUACUUACUGCUGGGGUAUUGUCAUACUGCUGGAAGAAAACUGUGCUAUUUCAGGCAGGGGAAGAAAGAACAGAAGGAUUUUUGUGUGUGCGUGCUAAAUGACAGGAUUUGUAUUUGUCUGUCUCCAUAAUAAUCAACUCUGUAGGGAGAUUGUGGUGGGCAGGAUACCUAUUAUAGUUAAUUUGAGUGUAUAGAGGUUGGGAGGAUGUAAGAAUGCCACAGCCUUGGAAAUCUUUAAUCACUCCAAGACUCCCAAGGCGACUGAAGUUGCUAUUUUGAACACAUUUCCUAAGGAGUAAGAUGUGUCAAAGGCAGGGUGGAGGAUAUGCCCUUGCGUGAAUAUGCAAAGGACCAUGCUGUAAAUUCUUUAUACUAUUUGUUUCAAAAGUUCAAAAAUUUUCAUUUUUAGGAGUAAUCUUUAAGAAAAUACUGUAUGAAAAUAUCACCUAUUGUGGGAACAAUUAAAAAAACAUACAAUUUGCUUAUUAACAAAAUGAUUAUUAUGACAAAGAUGUAUAGUUACUCAAAAUCUUGAAAGUAAAACCUUUUCUUAAAAUUCUCCAAAGAUUUCUAACUGAAGUGAUAAUAAUAGUCUGGACACCUUGGAAGACUAGUAGAAAUUCAGGACUGCUAUUUGCAAAACUUCAAAGUAAAAACCUGCUUGCAAACAUGGGGAAGGGUAAAAGUAAUUGAAGUUAGUUGGCUUUGGAUGCCUAAUUGUUUUUCAUGAUACCCAAACAGCAGAAGCUGGCACACUAGCUCCCUCCCCUAAAGCACAUGAUAAAGGAUCCAGGGUUUAUCUUUGGCUUGUUGGGAGGGAAGUAAGUCAGAGCGACAGAUUUCAGCCAGGUUUGAACAUAGGUCAGCAAAUAUUGGAGGGUAGGGCAUUAGCCUCCUAGGAGACCGUGAAGGGCUGUAGUCCCUCACAUUUGCCCCCCAGAGCAUUUUUUGAGCCAGGAGAGGCCUUUGGUAAAUAGGAGAUCAUCUGGGGACAGUUCCAGUUCCCCUUUUGCUUUAAAACAGGCCUCUUCUGAAUCUAAAAUGGCCCACAGACAAUCCAAAAUGGGAUAAAAAUAACCCCACAUCUCCUAGAUGCCAUUAUGAGUGCAAUUGAGGUAACACACAAAAUAAUUAUGUGAAGGCUCAUGCAGUCUUUCUAGCAGUAGUUUGGCUAUAUCUUUCUAUGCCACUGUGUCCCUGGCAGAUAUGCCUCAUUGCCUCUUCAGCACAGCAAUAUUGACUUGUUUUUCUUUUUCAUCCCUCUGUCCAAACAGCAUGAGUUCAUUUUUCUAACUGCUUGUGCUGAGACUGGUUGAGUGUAGCUUGCAUGUUUUCAUUUCUUUUUCUUUUCUAUGCAGAGAGGAGAGCAGAAGUAUAACAAAGAAGUAGGAGGAGAAUGCAAAAUCAUGGCUGGCGAGUAAUUCAAGGCUUGGGAUUGUGGUACAAUGUGGCUGGAGUGAAAGGCUGUGUAGUAAUACUCAGUAAAUGGGCAGAGGUCUGGGCUCUAAUGGGAAGGAGCAGCCUACCAGGCUGGGAGGAAGGUUGCUUGCUCUAGCCGCUCGGAGGCUGGCUGCUUCAAGGGAGUAAUUGGAGUAAUUAGCUCCCAGUGACUUCUCACAGGUGAAAAUCCUUUGGGGCAGCAAGCGGGUAAUUACUUCAGAAUGAUUAUCCAUGUCUGUAAACUCUGUGCCGGAGGUGCUUUAAGUUCAUCUGCUUUCUGUGGCACCAGAACAGCUGCUCUAAUACUUACAUCUGGACUCCCAAAUGAACUGGAUGCUAUUUCUGUAUUUUAUUUCAGUUGGAUGCAAAGAGGGGAAAGAAAGGGUGACUUCCUUACCACCCGUAUCCAUAUGAACCCAACCCCUUUUCAAAAGAUUACUUGUUGAAGACAUGCGUGCAUGCACAUUUAAUGUGGAAGGCAUGAUUCAUGAAUCAAUUUUCCUGGGGAAAUGUGUCAUCUCUGACCACUUUUCAUGGUUUGGUGUAUUUUUUUUUUGGGAAGCAGAGGUUCUAAUGCAUGUUUUGAAGUUAUCCAUAUCUUUAAAAAUAAAGUCAUUGAGUAUGUGACCCACACUUUA